AUGGCUGCCAGACUCUCUACAGCGGCCAUUCUUGCUGCGGCCUUGAUCACUCCCCAGGUUUACCAAAAUACUCCGCAGCUUUUCUGCAAACCUGUUCCUGGAUCGUUGGACUGGCCGUCCGUAUCAGACUGGCAGGCUUUGAACAAGUCAGUCGCAGGAAGACUACUCACACCAGUACCACCCGGUCUGGUCUGCCAGACCAACAGUUCUUCACACAAUAUCGAUGCUUGUGUCGGCGUUCUUUCACAAUGGACCAACUCUUCGUGGCAUGCCCAAGAUCCUUUCACGGCCGAUUACAAUGACGAAAGCUGUCUGCCUGACGCCCGAGCACCUUGCUCUGCGGAAGGAUACCCAGCAUAUGUCGUCAAUGCAACGAACGUCAGUCAUGUUCAAGUCGCAGUCAAGUUUGCCAAAAGGACCGGCGUCAGGCUUAUAGUCAAGGGGACGGGACAUGAUUUUCUUGGACGUUCGUCCGGGCGCGAUUCCUUCUCAAUCUACACCCACAAUAUCCGUGGCGUUGACGUCAGCAUGGAUAAUGCCUGCGCGAAGAAGCACGGCGGCGUGGCUGCAGUGAAGAUUGCUGCAGGGAUGCGCAUGGGUGAGAUAUACACCGAGAUCUCGAAAUAUAAUAUCACAAUCGUCGGCGGAGCAGAUCCCAACGUCGGUAUUGGCGGCUGGAGUACUGGUGGAGGUCACAGCCCCAUCAGCAGCAAGUACGGUCUUGGAGCCGAUCAAGUACUUGAGAUGGAGGUAGUGACCGCUGACGGGACACAUCUGACCAUCAACGAGAGGUCUUAUCCUGAUCUGUUCUGGGCUAUGAGAGGGGGCGGGGGAUCCACUUUCGCCGUUUUGAUCUCAGUCACUGUUCGAGCAUACCCGAGGCUAGGAGUGGCGCUGUACUACUUCUCUUACAAUACUACUGCCAACACCGACACGUUCUGGUCUUUGUUGGCCUACUUCCACACUGCGUGGGCGAACUCCCCACCGGAGGGCGUCGGGUUAGAGCUGCGCCUUGGCUCGCGCUUGCUGGAUCGCGAAGAUCUUGAGACGGACCUUCAGACGCUCAAGCAGCGCCUCAAGCAGACGACGAGUGGCCCUCACAACACGAUUAUUGGCCAUCUUGUUGCAGGCAGCGGCCUCAAGAAUGUCGACAUUCCAGGUGGCGGGAACUCUGUGCUUCCUGCCUGGCGCCAUGCUUCUGCCCCGGACGUGGCCCUUCUCAACAACACGGCGAAACUUGCUGUCACGGACCUUCUUCGCGACGUGGAGGUGGAGGCGCUGCGUCAACUCGCGCCGAAUACUGGCGCCUAUAUCAACGAAGCUGAUCCGGCCGAGCCAAACUGGUAG